ACUCCACACUGCCCGUCCUCAUCUGAACGUCAUCUUCCGUUUCCACUCCUUCUCGAACCUUCCUCGUCUUCGAUCUUCCCGAAGAAUCUCACAUUUUCUCAGGAGGGUGAUCAUUUGGUGGAUGAUCCUCGAAAUUGGACUCGUAAUCGCAGCGUUGUUGCUGGAGAGUAUGGGGACGAUGAGGACGAGGACGAUGAAGAUGAUGAUGAAGAGGAAGAUCGGAGUUUGGAUCUUUUGGUUAGGUUUGUUCAGAAUGUGUUCAAGAAGAUCUCUAAGAGGGCCAGGAAGGCCGUACGGUCUGUUCUUCCCGUUCCAAUCUCUACCAAAUUGGUGGGGUUUUCUGUUGAUGGGGUCCUAAUGCUGGCAUUUUUAUGGGUUUUGAAGGCAUUCCUUGAGGUGAUAUGCACUCUGGGAAGUGUCGUAUUUGUAAGCAUCUUAGUCAUCCGUGGAAUAUGGACCGGGGUAUCCUAUGUACAAGAAAACCGUAAUCACACUGGGAAUGAACUUGGCGAUGACCACCGGGCAUGGACUGGCACACAGCCUGCAACUUGAUCUGCCCACCACCCAAUAAACACAAAAGUUUCCAAGGAUGAGAGGAAGAAGAAGAUUUCCUGCAUGCUUAAAGAAAACAAGCCAAGAAAUUCAUGGAUAUUGGAAGGAUGCCGCCAAAUCUGUUGUGGCCUUUGGGACUUAAACCAGUUUUUCUUCCAUUGUGAGUGAUAUCAAGUGUGGCAUCCACACUUUCAUAUCCAAACUGGGCUAUUUUAAUUCUGAUAUUUGUACAGCUCUUAAACAUAAAAAUGCAAGGAGAUGCUGAUGUUGUCAUCUGGAUAUGACAAAGCCAUUCUUCCAUAUCUCGACCCUUCUGUAUUAUGGUCUAGUUUGGGAUAGGUUCUUGUUUUUUGUUUUUGUUUAGAUUAUUGCUUGUUUAUAAGGGACAUUGGAUUUAUGGAGGAACUGCAUUUUGACUUCAA